GCUCCGACCUUGCAGCGGCGCAGCGCGGGUGAGAGGCGGGGAGGAGCGGCGGGAGGAGCGAGCGAGUGCAGCGCCGGGUGCAGUCUCCAAUGAGCUGCACGGAACCUGCGCCCCUGACGACCCGAGCCCGCUGCGCCCCCUCCCCACGGCUCACCUGGUGUCAGGUAAGGUAACAGGUCUGGCCUCAUCCCAUGGACAAUGGCCUUGCCCCCAUGAGCUAGAGCCCACUCCUCAGCACCUGCCCACCACUAGCCAGCAGGAUGCAGCUGUGGAAGGCAGUGGUGAUGACCCUGGCCUUCAUGAGCACGGAUGUCGGCAUGACCACAGCCAUCUACAUCCUUAGCCACCUGGACCGCAGCCUACUGGAGGACAUCCGUCAUUUCAACAUCUUUGACUCAGUACUGGACCUCUGGGCAGCCUGCCUAUACCGCAGCUGCCUGCUGCUGGGAGCCACCAUUGGUGUGGCCAAGAACAGCGCCCUGGGGCCUCGGCGGCUUCGGGCCUCCUGGACAGUCAUUGCCCUCGUAUGCCUCUUCGUGGGCAUCUAUACCAUGGUGAAGCUGCUGCUCUUCUCCGAGGUACGCAAGCCGGUCCGGGACCCGUGGUUCUGGGCCCUCUUCGUGUGGACGUACAUCUCGCUUGCUGCAUCCUUCCUGCUCUGGUGGCUGCUGUCCACAGUGCGGCCGGACGCCAAGGCCCUGGAGCCGGGGACAGAGGCUGAGGCGGAGGGCUUCCCUGGGGAGGACCGGCCCCCACGGGAGCAGGCAUCUGGGGCUACGCUCCAAAAGCUGCUGUCCUACACCAAGCCUGAUGUGGCCUUCCUCGUGGCGGCCUCCUUCUUCCUCAUCGUGGCGGCUCUGGGAGAGACCUUCCUUCCCUACUACACCGGCCGGGCCAUUGAUGGCAUCGUCAUCCAGAAGAGCAUGGAGCAGUUCAGCACGGCGGUCAUUGUCAUGUGUCUGCUGGCUAUCGGCAGCUCAUUUGCCGCAGGUAUUCGGGGUGGCAUUUUUACCCUCAUAUUUGCCAGACUGAACAUUCGCCUUCGAAACCGUCUCUUCCGCUCACUGGUGUCCCAGGAGAUGAGCUUCUUUGAUGAGAAUCGCACAGGGGACCUCAUCUCCCGCCUCACCUCGGACACCACCAUGGUCAGCGACUUGGUUUCCCAGAACAUCAACAUCUUCCUACGGAACACGGUCAAGGUCACAGGCGUGGUGGUCUUCAUGUUCAGCCUCUCGUGGCAGCUCUCCUUGGUCACGUUCAUGGGCUUCCCCAUCAUCAUGAUGGUGUCUGACAUCUACGGCAAGUACUACAAGAGGCUCUCCAAAGAGGUCCAAAAUGCCCUGGCAAGGGCCAGCAGCACAGCCGAGGAGACCAUCAGUGCCAUGAAGACAGUGCGGAGCUUUGCCAAUGAGGAAGAGGAGGCAGAGGUGUACUCUCGGAAGCUGCAGCAGGUGUACAAGCUGAACAGGAAGGAGGCUGCAGCCUACACGUACUACGUCUGGGGCAGCGGGCUCACGCUGCUGGUAGUCCAGGUCAGUAUCCUCUACUACGGGGGCCACCUCGUCAUCUCGGGGCAGAUGACCAGCGGCAACCUCAUCUCCUUCAUUAUCUACGAAUUUGUCCUGGGAGACUGUAUGGAGUCCGUGGGCUCCGUCUAUAGCGGCCUGAUGCAGGGAGUGGGGGCCGCCGAAAAGGUGUUCGAGUUCAUUGACCGGCAGCCAACCAUGGUGCAUGAUGGGAACUUGGCCCCUGAGCGCCUGGAGGGCCGGGUGGACUUUGAGAACGUGACCUUCACCUACCGCACUCGGCCCCACACCCAAGUCCUGCAGAAUGUCUCCUUCAGCCUGUCCCCAGGAAAGGUGACCGCGCUCGUGGGGCCCUCAGGCAGUGGGAAGAGUUCCUGCGUCAACAUCCUGGAGAACUUCUACCCCCUGGAGGGGGGCUGCGUGCUGCUGGAUGGGAAGCCCAUCAGUGCCUAUGACCACAAGUACCUGCACCGAGUGAUCUCCCUGGUGAGCCAGGAGCCAGUGCUAUUUGCCCGCUCCAUCACAGACAACAUCUCCUACGGUCUGCCCACCGUGCCCUUUGAGAUGGUGGUGGAAGCUGCACAGAAGGCAAAUGCCCAUGGCUUCAUCAUGGAGCUUCAGGAUGGCUACAAUACAGAGACUGGGGAGAAGGGUGCCCAGCUAUCAGGUGGCCAGAAACAGCGUGUGGCCAUGGCUCGGGCUCUGGUGCGGAACCCACCUGUCCUCAUCUUGGACGAAGCCACCAGCGCCCUGGACGCAGAGAGCGAGUACCUGAUCCAACAGGCCAUCCACGGCAACCUGCAGAAGCACACGGUGCUCAUCAUCGCGCACCGCCUGAGCACGGUGGAGCGCGCACACCUCAUCGUGGUGCUGGACAAGGGCCGCGUGGUGCAGCAGGGCACCCACCAGCAGCUGCUGGCACAGGGUGGCCUCUAUGCCAAGCUGGUGCAGCGGCAGAUGCUGGGGCUCGAGCCCGCCUCGGACUGCUCGGCUGGCCUCAAGGAGCCGUUGGGCAGCGGCGGUCACAAGGCCUGACCACGGGCCCUGCCUCUCACAGUGGGGCAGAUGCCCUGGUGCCUGCCUGGCACAUGUACCCAUGGGGGCCACCCUGCUGCCCUCUGAGCCCAGGCCCAUGGCACUGGAGGGCAACCUGCCGUGUCCCACAUGUCACUGCUUCCUGCAUCUUGCCCCCGUUCCUGCCCUGUCACCCUGUCCGCUGGGCCACCGCCAGCCCACACCCCCCCUUCCCCACUGCCAUGAGCCACCUCCUCCAUUCGGGGCAGCGGAGACAAUGCUGGUCUCCAUCUGGUCUCCCAAGACUUCUAAGAGAAGGUAGAGCUACCUUUUUAAACCAAGAUCUUACCAGGUUUUUUACUGCUUGGUUUCAUGGGUGCCAGUCAACUCCUAGACUUCAAAAACAUUUUUUUAAUUGGGAGUAAUGAUGGGCAAGGUCACUGAGAUGUUCCAGGAACUUCUGAGCCAGGAGUGAAAGAUCCUAAUAGCCUGGGGGAUGUCAGAGGAGAACGAGGCCUCUGUCCCUCGAGAGAAGGGGCUUCCCUGUCCCUUCUGGGGACUUUCUCUCUCACUCUUCCCACCUCCGUGAGUCAGGCCAAGGGUCGGCAGCAAGAGUGGAAAGCACCAGUCUGCCCAUGGUCCCUGCCGCCCUGCCAAAUCUAAGCCAGUCUCACUGUGAACCACAACUAACCUUAACUGGGGGGGAGUGAGGGGCUGGCCAGGCCUGACAAAGCCUCAGGGUGUCCCCAGCCCUGCACCCAGCUUGAGCCCCUCAAUCCUGCCUCAUCCCCUGCUCCCAUUAUACCCCCUCCAGCGGCAGCCACCUCUCCCACAUCCACCCCUGCUGCUCUGCUCUUCGGAGGCUCGGAGGCCCUUCGGAUGUUGGAUGUUUGAGAGACACGUUCUCUUCCCUGUCUGGUGGACAGGACAGUGGCAAAGCUCAGGCUCUGGCUUUGCAGGGGUGGUGGUGGGGGAGCAUUGCAAGAUGUUGGAAGAAUCCGGUCAAUAAAGUGUACUACCUCUGA